AUUAUUCUUCUCAUUUAUUUGAGGUUUUACAUCCAUUUGAUCAUGCAAUAUUUAAUUUGUUCCGUCUCUGUGCCAUAUUUCAGUAUCAAUCUUUAAUGCAUUCCAAUACAUGAUCUUCAUUCUGAAUAAGCAUUUCAAAUUUAGUCAUUUUUCUCAAAGUUUCUUCUUUCUUCAGGUGACUUUUUUACUCUUCCAGCAAUUUGUGAAUUCGUUAAGUAUUGUAAAUUCCUCUCUUCGGUGUUGAAUUUUUGAUCAUUUGCUUCAUUCAGCUGAUAAUGCCACUGCCUUCCACUUGCAUGCAAUCAUGGCUAAAAUAUGUCUUGGUAAUAUUUAGGAAAGGGUGUGUCUCACAUGCAUGCCUUCAUCUUGUUUCUCGUGUGUGAAUAAGACAACUGGAAAGUUGUUUAUUAUGGACCUUUUUACAUUCCAGAAUUAAAAAGUUCUUAGGGGAGAACGAUCCACUCGGGAGCCAGAUAGUCCAUCCUUUUAAGAAACAGUGGAAAGGUGCUGGAUGCGGCUGAGCAGAGAUGGAGAGGGGGACACACACAUCAACUGCCUGAACUUCUGAUUCCCAUCCCCUUCUGGUCCCUGAUUUUAUAGCAAGGUCAUGGGUGAUAGCACACACCAGAUUUUGGUGAAGGGAAUGAAAUGUAACAAAUUAAGAUUGUCCUUGCAAAGUCUUGGAUUACUUUAAACAUGGGCAGGGGAAUUUCACUAGUAGCCUGUGAUAAGAUGGUUACAUCUCAGGGAUAGGGCUGAAAGAAGCUCAACCCUAUUGGCAAUCUUUGAAGUAUGAUUAGGUAUCACGUUGAGAAAAGCCUUGUGGGUCUUGCAAUGCUGGGAUGCAGGAGAAGAGAUGGGGCUUUUUAUGCUAAUAAACUGUAUUAUUACCCCAAUCCCAACCCAUUUACUCUUGUGGAAAGCGAAAUAGAGUGCUAGGGAGCGAAGCAAGUACAAUUAGGAUCCUGACAGCUUGUGUGUUUGCACAGGAGCAGCCACAGGUGUUCACACUAUCUGCUAUUUUUCACCUACCGCGAAAACCCACUUUGCCUCUGGGGACCAGAGCUCCAAACGGGGUGCUGCACAUCAGGAGAUGGCUUUUUCGAGCCAAUUAAGAACAACUAGUCUAUUAACAAAAACUACAAUUCUGAUAAAGGAGAAUAUCUGAAAGGGUUGAAAUGAGGGGUUCUGGUUGUUUUUCUUGCAGACGUUUCCUUACCUAACUUAGGUAACAUCAGCUACAAUUCUAUAACGUAGUCUCUCAGUGAAUCUACAGGUUAGGAUCGCGUCGCGCAAGCGGGGCUUGCCAGGGCGGCGCCAGGCGCGUUCCAGCCCGCGGGUAAACAAGGCUCAAGGGCGCGUAGGGCGAUGCUCGGGCGGCCGGGAAGAAGCAGCCAUUUCCAAACAAAGGACUUCCUUCUCUGAGGUAGGAGCCGAGCUCCGUUACGCCCGAGCCGGCCUCCAUCGAGUCUCCAUCCGCACGCGCGCGGCUCGCUGCCUUUCGGGGGAGCGCGCGCUCCGGCACCCGCUCCUGCAUCAUUCACACAGGCACGGCCGCGCGCGGAACCAGCCACCAGCCCGCGGAUUUCUCCGGGAGAUCCGGGAGAGCCAGGGACGGCGCGGCAACGCUCUCCUCCCCGAAGCGCGGCCGGGAGAACCCAGAGCGGCCGGGCUGAACGUUAAACCUGGGAGGUUUUCCCUCAGCGGCAGCGGCGGCGACGCUGCAUCGUCAUGGGCGGUCAGGCGCAUCUCUUCGCCGCGCUGCCCUGAAGGCGGAAACGGCGCGGUUGUGCGCUCCGGCGGAGGGGGCGGCGGCGCCGGCGCCGCCUCCUUAGCCUGCCGUUGACUGACUGCGAAGGUUGCAGCCGGACUGUAGAGCCGCUUUCACGAGUGGACGACUGGACACCCCCCCCCGGCUGACAGGCCGGCCUAAGAAGGACAGAUACUGAAGCUGAAGCUCAAAUACUUUAGCCACCUAAUGAGGUGAGAAGACUCCUUGGAAAAGACCCUGAUGUUGGGAAAGAUUUAAGGCAAAAGGAGAAGGGGAUGCCAGAGGAAGACCAGAGGCUGGUGUGCAUGGGGUUGCAAAGAAUCAGGCUUGACUUAGUGACUGAUCAACGGCAAAAAUAUUGGGGUGAACCCUUUCUCAAACUGUUUUUGACAGAUUAGUUUUAGCAAGUCAGGUGGUGAAGAUAGCCUCCUAAUAAACAGAAGACCUCUUUGAAGCUGAAUGAAGUCUUGCAGUCACAACAAAAAGUUCUGAAAAAAUAUACAGUAUUGCAGCUAAUUUAUUCCACUGAAACAAUUUUAGAAUGCCUAUAUCUGACACCACUGACAGUCAAAUAUAAUCAUCAUAAUAAAAUAGAUCAGAUUCUCAAACCCUUUGAAGAAGGAAUACAAAGGAUGCCAUCCAUCACAAGAAAUUCAGGAUUUGAAAAAAAAAUUGAUGAACAGAUGUGAACCAAAAAAGGCAAGGUGAGAACGGGAGCGUCGGCGAGGUGAAGAAGCGCUGCGGGGAGACGGAGCAGCCGCAGGCGGGAGAGGUUGCGGAGGGCGGCGGCGGCGAGAGGUCCCCGGCGAUGGAGCCGAGCGUGGCCCCCGAGGAAGGGCCGAACGCCCAGGUUCCCCUGCAGGCGCCCUGCAGCUUCAGCUCAGCGCUCUGCUUCAGCUCGUCCGGCGGCGGCGGCGGCGGCGAUGAUGACCAGGCUCCGCAUCCGGAGCUCGACGCCGCCUCUCCUUCCUCCUCCUCGUCCGGCAGCUGCAGCAGCAGCAGCAGCCGCGUGGUGAAGCACCAGUGGGACAUUAAUAACGCGGCGCCCGAGUCGGAGGAAGAGGAGGAGGGUCGCGGCAAACCCUCGCCGGUCUCCGUGGGCAGUCCCGAUCCGAUCGGCGAGUCGCCCCUUCAGCCUUUUGCAACGCAGGCGCCGGCCGAAGAGCCCGACUUGGUGAUCGAAGUAUCCGGGCGGCGGAUCCGGGCGCACAAAGCGGUGCUGGCGGCCAAGAGCGACUAUUUCCGCGCCCGCUCCUCGCGGGACAUCCUGCGCCUCAAGGGGGUGAGUUACGGGGCGCUGCGCCUGCUGCUGGAGUACGUCUACACGGCGCGCAUGGGCGAGGUGCGGCACGACAACCUGGCCGAGGUGGUGAGCGGCGCCCGCGUGCUCCAGAUGCCCUGCGCCCUGCACUGCGCCGCCGAGGCCAUGCGGGCCCAGCUCAGCCUCGACAACUGCUACCAGCUGCUCUGCCUGGCCAAGAAGCAGCGGCUGGCCGAGCUGCGCGAAGCCGCCUUCCGCUUCAUGAGCGACCACUACCUGCAGGUGCUCCGCGAGCCCGCCGUCUACGGCCGCCUGAGCGGAGCCGAGCGGGACCUCAUCCUGCGGCGCCGUCUGGAGGCCGGCAAGGCCUGCCUGCUGGUGGCUGAGGUGAGCGACGCCUUCGAGCGGCUGGGCGCGGGCAGUCGGCCGCAGAGCCGCGAGAGCAGCCGACCGCAGAGCCCGUCCUCGGUGGUGUCCCUGGAGGACGGCGGCGCCCUGCUCUACAGCUACCAGGAGGCGGACCGGGAGUGGAGCGUCCUCACCCGACUGCCCGAGGAGGCCAACGCCAAGGGAUGUGCCAUGUGCGUCCUCUACAAUUAUCUUUUCUUAGCGGGCGGGAUCUCCACUGGGCCUGGCGACCAGCGGCCCAAGCUGUCGGACAAGGUGUUUUGCUACAACCCCUUAACUGAUACCUGGAGCCAGGUCAAGCCCAUGGGGCAGGCGCGCUCUCAGUUGAAGCUCCUGGCCCUGGAUGGGUAUCUCUAUGCGGUGGGUGGGGAAUGCCUCUUUACGGUGGAGAAAUAUGACCCCAGGUCUGACCGGUGGAGCCCCGUGGCCCCUCUACCCAAGGGGGCUUUUGCCGUGGCUCACGAGGCGACCACCUGCAACGGGGAGAUCUACGUGUCUGGAGGCUCCCUCUUCUACAGGCUGCUCAAGUAUGACCCCAAGCGGGACGAGUGGCAGGAGUGUCCCUACAACAGCAGCCGGCGCCGCUCGGCUGACAUGGUGGCCUACAAGAGCUUCAUUUACCGCUUUGAUGUGAGCAGCAGCCGUGGGGAACAAGGGCAGGCCGCCGGAGUGGAAGUCUUCCAGUACAAUACGGUGGCCAAGCACUGGCGUCAAUGCGCUUCUUUUCGCCCUGCUGGCAGCCCGGUCCAACCUUUUCGCUGUGCUGCACUGGGCAGCACCAUCUAUUGUGUUAACCGGACUGGGAUGUUGAGCUUCAACUUGGCUCAGAAUGGCGAGGUGGAAGCGGACGGAGGACUUAAAGGCACCUUUGACACAGAACUGCUCAAAACUCCCUUCGAUGCUAAAGGUCUCCUCCUCCCAUUUGUGCUUAUCCUCCCGGAGAAGGAGAAACUUGGAGAGCCAGAGAGUCCUCUGUCAUUAUGAGAGCUGACCUGGUGGUUCGGGUUGCUGCUUAGCAUGCAGUUUGUCCCCUUUAUCUGUGAUGUCAACAACGUAGGGCUUUUACUGAAGCAUGAAUGAGGGCUGGCACAAGCUCUUCAGUCUUGGGUGGUGAUGGUGGUUGGGCUCCAAAGGUAAUAGAAGUAGCAGAAGGUAAUCCGAGGUGGAAAGGCAUCAGUAUGUAACAACUCCUUCGAGGGUAUAGAAGCAAAGAGGAGAUCAUUGUCAGAAAUGUCUUUAGUCCAUGCAUGCACACACCACCGUGGGGGAUUAUUGUGUUCCACCUAAAAGUGUUGGCUAGCUGUUCAGUGGCUUCCUUACUGCACUUCAUGUAGGAAAGAAUUCAUCUCUUGGCACUCAUGUAAACCAGCGCAGUGAAAAGCUGCUAAAAACAGAUUUAAUUGUUGUACUGUAUCUGCAUCCCUUUCCAAUUUAGAAGUAUGUUGGAUCUGUGUAAAAACUAGGAAAAUGACCCAUUUUAAAAAGGAAUUUCAGCUAUGGCCAUGUUCUCUUUGUACAUAGACAUCUUUGAAAGGAGAUUCUUCUAGGCAUCUUCUGCUUGAUCUUCUUGCUCUUGGAUGCAAGAAAGGAGCCACAGGAGAACUAGGAGCAUGCAAGGUGGGAAGGGAUCAAUAUGUCAUUUUGGAAGUUUUAAUAGGCAAAAAAAAGUUCUUGUAUGAAAAAGCAAUAGGCGAUCAUCCACAUCAUCUUUUUUGUUUGCAUUUUUAAGUUUAAUGGAAUCUUUAUUGAAGACAUGGCAUUGUGCAGCCUCAGGAAGUUGCAACAGUUGUGCGUGAUUUGACAGAAGCAUGAUGUAAAGUUUGAAACAAGUAACAUUUCUCCCAGUUGUAUAUGUUGGAAAAAGAAGGAAAGUGAAAAAAAAAAGCACCAAUAUAUUCAGUUCUGGGUUUGCUUUUUUUUUAAUGUGCAACUUUUUUAGGCAAGAUCAGAAAUACAUAUAAUCAGUUUUAGUCUUAACAUGCAUUUGUGUUUUUUAAGCAUAGUUUUGCACUGUAAUUUGCAUAUUCAAAUCUUUACAAAUUGUCAGGAAUGAACGUAUUGACAAAAUUUCAAUAAGGGAAACUUUCGUUUGCAUAAGAUUGCUAUCUUCUGCAGAUCAAUACCCAUCAAGGUAAACCAACUGUGGCUUACUUGAAAGACUUCACUUUUUUGUCCAAAAUCUUUUAAGAAGAAUUUAUUCUUCUGUUAAUCAAAUAAGAAAAUGGAUAAUUUUUAAGCCAGCUGAUUUCCAUUUUGCACUGGUAGUGUGCUGGAUUGUAAAUGAGACUGGUUUUAUUUUUAGUUAAUAAUUUACUUGUCAAGUUCAUUAUAUAUAGAGGUCAUAUCCCUUUUCUUCUUAAAUCCUUUGUUGAGUCAUUGCUUACUAAGCCUGUUGAAAGGAAAGCAUCAACUUUCAUAUAUGUAGAUAUCUGGAACAGAAAUAUUUUCAAUUAAUUUAUCUUUAUUUAAUUCUAUCAGCUAACUUUCAAAAUGCUGCCAAUAAUGAAUUUUCAAAUUAUCAGUAGCACACCUGACACUUCAUAUCCAAUCAUUGGACUGGCAUGUCAUGCUGAGCCACAAGUUGACUAACCAUGGUUAGUCGACUUAAGUAAAGCUUGGGUUGGUUCACAGAUCACAGAUCAAGAUUGUGCAGAUUGUAAUGGUUAGAUUUACGUAUCAUGAUAAGCCAGAACCAAGCAGAACUGGCUUGAUAGUGUCCUUCCAUAGGAAGAAAAUCAUUUAUUUUUGCAGAAGUCCAUGCCUCAUAAAUGUAGUUUUUCAUACAUUGUUGAAUCCCAUAUUUGGAUAAUUGGUUAAACAUUAUCUUAAAAGAUUUGAAUCUUACUUUUCUUUCUAAUGCUCUAUUAAAAUAUUUAUUAAUACCAAGCCAAAAAGGGACCAGUACAUAGCAGGUCCAUUAAACAUGUGCCGGUAUUUCUUCCACGAUUUUAAGACCCAACCUACAGAAGACGAAAUCCAGCUGUUUCCUAACAUGACUGAGUAGGUCUUCAACUACGGCUGAUUUUGAAAGUUCCUUCUGGUUCAUAAGCAGCUCUGAGCUUGGAGAAAGAAUCUUGCUGGCGUGGGAGCAAAAAAACACCCCACUUACAAGGAAAUAAUAAUAUGAAUUGCAUUGUUGCAAUACAAUCUCUGCUCCUUAAGAUAUUUUGUAAGUGCUGUUACAUACAAGCAUGAAAAGGCAGAGCUUGCCUUGUGAUGCCAUUAACCAUAGACCACUCUAUUGGGAUCAUUGUGAUUAGGAAUCCCUAUGCAUUCGCCCAUCUAUAGCAUUGAUAAGGAAUUUUGUGGACUUCAUUGUGUAGGUGCUUGCCAACAAACUUUUGUUUCCAAAAGAGUCUUACAGAAACUAAUUGAUCCCAUUUUUUAAAAAAGUGAAAAAUUCAAUUUCCAAAUCUGUUUUUUUAUUCUAUCUUCCUUGAGAUAGGAUGAAAAAAAAAUACACAUGUAAGAACUUCGUAUCUGUUUUUAUCUUUACCCAGGUGCAGUUUGGCUAGAAGCAGACGGAGGAGCUCAGCCUUAGAGGGUGGUUUUGAACCAAUAUUUGUUCUUCUCAGCUCAUGCUAAAUAUUCAAACAUACUCAUUUUAAAUCUUUCAGUAUUAAUUCUGCUAUUCAGCUCUUAAGCCCUCAAAUAUCGGCUUGCUAAAAGGUUGAAUUUAUUUCAGCCAUAGGCUUUUCUACAAAACUGACUGUUUUAUAUAGCAUGCUAACUGGAAAAAAAAUGAUUUUAGGGUUGGAGCGUUGCACCUGCAGUAGUGACAUAUGGAAUUUUUUUAUUUUUUAUUUUUUGUAUUCUUCGUCUUUUAGUCUCUGGGACGUUCACCAACAGGCCUGCAAUGCAAUGGAACAUUAGAGGUGUGAGAAAUUUGUCAACACUUCUCACAUUCUUAUUUUGCAGUCCCCAAACUGAAGGGUUGAUGGAGGUUUUAUACAGGUAGUCCUCAACAUACAACAGUUCAUUUAGUGACCAUUCGAAGUUAUAACUGAAAAAAGUGACAUGACUAUUUUUCACACUUAUGACCAUUUCGGCAUCCCCAUGGUCACAUGAUUUACUUUUGGAAGCUUGCCAACUGGUUCAUAUUUAUGAUGGUUGCAGUGUCCCAGGGUCAUGUGAUCCCCUUUUGUGACCUGACAAGCAAAGUCAAUAGGGGAAGCCAGAUUCACUUAACAGCCAUGUUACUAAUUUAACAACUGGAGUGAUUCACUUAAUUAAGUGAUUCACUUAAUGUGGGAAUAAAAGUCGUAAAAUGGGGUAAAACUCAUUUAACAAACUUCUCACAUAUCAACAUCAAUACCGUGCUCAAUUGUCGUAAGUUGAGGACUACCUGUAGAAGGAAGGAAAGAACUGGGAGAUAGGAUGAGAAUCUUACCCUAAUUUCAGCAUUUGAAUAUGGAGGGGGAAAACCUACAGUGCAUGAAAAAUGUUAGGUCUAAGAUCUUUAUGGGUGGUAAUUUGGUAGAGAUUUGACCAUGAAACCGGAAGGAACUAUUUAAAGCACAUAAUUUAAUUUCAGAGAAGGGCUGUAGAAAAUACCUGAUUAAAAUACUUUUCACAAGAUGCCAACUUUACAAUUUAUUAUUUCCAAAGGAAGCCAGUAAUUCUUGUAAUGAGACAUAUCAGGAGUGAAAAUCAAAAUACUAAUUUAUAUCUGCCUUGGUUUUCAAAAAAAUUAAAAAAAAUAGAUCACUUUAAAAAUUGGUGUUACUGUUGCGAAAUGGUAUACAUUUAUUUUUAAAAAACAUCUGGCAGAAUAUCUAUUAAAACUGGUAAAUGUGAAAUUUAAAACGUCAAGUGAGCAUUUUCUAAGAUUAUUAUUGCUUAUAUUUUUCUCUGCAUACUCAGAGUUUAGGACCAGGCCAUGAGAAGCAUUGAGUAAUAAAUUUGCUCAUUUUAUUCAUGGGAAAAAUAUGGUUUUACUCACAGUCGUUCUGCAUAAAUAAACAAACAAACAAACAAAUAAUGCAUGUUAGACUAUAGUGAAACUUAUCAAAAUUUACUGUGAUAGUUUAGUUAUAUUCCUCUGGUUUUUUAAAAUCAUGAUCAAGUCUGCCAGAGAUCUCUGCUUCUUUCUUACUGUCACCUUGGUAGUUCUUCCUGGUUUUAACAUGAUAAGGAGGUGGGAAAUUGAACUUUAUGCCCAACUAAAUUUAAAUGAUUGCUUGGAAGAUGCCCACAAGUACAUCAAGAGUGCUUGUAUUACAUCUGUCAGAGAAAAAGGCUGGCUGUGUAUCUAUAGAGGCGUCUCUUAAUUCAAUUUAAAAUGUUCUGAAUUAACUCAGAUACUACUCCAUAUACAAAUAAAAGAAAUAAGUCCAAAUAAACUGAACUCUGCUUUGCUGCACAUUUCAAGGAACAAAUGAUGAAAUACAGUUUCCUGUAUUUCAACAUUUUGUUUGAGACAGCAAUUUUAUAAACCUUUUACCAUAAACAAGCUAAACGGUCCAUUUCUAUUUUUCCCAUUCAACUGGAUAGUAAGUUUUAAUGCUGCAGAGAGUCAGUGCAACGAUUUCUAUUACCCUAAUUGUCUCGUGAGGGUUUCUUAAUAUAUCUUCUGCCUGCCUGCUAAUUGUUUUGCUGUAUGUCUCCUCAAAGGGUUUGGGAGUAAUUUGAUGCAGAGAAUGCUGGCUUUCAUCCUACUAAGCAAGGACACUUCUAUUACAGCAAUUAAGAUUUCCCAUUUCUUUCUUCUGUGGUAUUAUAUGUUCCGAAUUUGCUCAUUUGCCCUUCAAAACUAACUCCAGAACAAAUUUGAGAAUGAAGAGCGGGAGGUAGAGUGAAAGUACACGAAGUCCUUGACUUAUGACAAUUGAGCCCAAAAUUUAUGUUGCUAAACGGGACAGUAGUUAAGCGAAUUUUGCCCCAUUUUACAACCUUGCUUGCCACAAUAGUGAUUAACUGCAGUUGUUAAAUUAGUAACCCCAGUAUACUGCAACUGUCAUAAAUACGAGUCAGUUGCCAAGUGUCCAAAUUUGGAUCACAUGAUCAUGGGGGAUGCUGCAAAUGGUCCUAAGCGUGAAAAAUUGUCAUUUUUUUCAGAGCCAUUCUAACUUCAAACAGUCACUCAAUGAAUGGUUGUAAGUCAAGGACUACCUAUAUUAGAACUGUGUAAAAAUAUGCUACUGAAUCGAAUCUAUUAAGCAGAUUGGAUGAAAAUGUUGACAAGUAUUACUUCUACUAUUUCACAUAGUUCAGUAACAUAUAAAUCUCAAGUUCUGCAAUACUAGUAAAAUUGUGUUCUCUUUGAAUUCAAAGUUAGGCGCAGUUGAGUAUUUCCAGGACCAUAAUCUGUACUUAAUUACUAGCCAUUUCACUUCAUUUCCUUUAUGUGAGGCCUACAUAAUCAUAGCCAGAUGAUUGAUUCUUUGGGCAACAUAUGGGAUACUUCUGAAUUGAUUUCCUGCUCAAGGCCUUUCAUUUUUUUUUCAUACAAAGAUUCUAGAUCAAGCCUGUGGCAUCAUUAAUUUUUCAACACUAAGUUGGUUAAAUGAAUAGCUGGCAAGUUUUUACGCCAUGCGUUACAAGUACAUGGAAAAUGAACCGAGCAAUUACACCAAAGGCAUUUUGUUUUAUAAAGAUCCUGUUUGUUCCAGGAAGCCUUUCAAAGAAGCAGCUGGGAAAGGAUUUGACCCACUGUCUGAAGUACAAAAGUCUGCGUUCGUAAAAUGAGAUUGAUGCUGACCAUACCUGUCCAAUGAAUCAAACUGAGUAUUUUAUGCCCCAUGAGUUUGCUUGUAAAUGAACACCUGAUAUCAUUUCAACUGCUUGAAAAGAAUAAAUGAUUCCCAUGAAA